AUGAGUGAUGAAAAUACGCUGCAUGCAAAUUUUGAACAGUCGCAAAACAUUUACUCAUUACCCCCUUUAAAAUUGGGUAAAAUUACCAUCCUUUUAAAUUGGAAAAAUUUUUUUAAUGGGCAAAUUUUAUUGGUGAAAAAUACUAAUUUUCAAAAUAGGUUUUGAAAUAAUUUAAUGGAAAAUAUACAAUUAGAAUAUUAUUUAAGCAGCUUUCACACUGAAUAGGUUAAUGCUUUAAUUAAGUCUUCAUAAAAUAAAUUAAUAUUCAAAUAUAUAUUACAUAUAAAACAUUUUAAUAACGUUUUUUUUGAUUGAAUAAUUGAGAAUUCAGAAAAAUAUUUUUAAAUCUUUACAAAAAAUUGGCUUAAUCUACUCUCAAAAGUAUAGAGCAAAAAUAUUGAACCAAUGAAAAUCAGAUCUCGUCAACUUUAAACGACUUAUUGACAAAAGUUGAAGAACAAAAUACCACUCCACAAGCCGACUCAAAAAAAGAAAUAAUCCCAGAUUUCAAUGUCCUCACCUUAAACUACGAAAAUGAAUUCAUAGGAGGUGAAUUAAGAUCUUUUGGGACUGUUUUGAACUACACUGAAGGGUUUUUAGUCAUCACUCCUUCUCCAGCAGCACCUUUGCUAGAACUUGACACAAAGAUAUGCAGAAAUGACGGGUUAGUCGUGGGGAAGGUAGAUGACAUUUUUGGGAGCAUUGAGCAUCCUUAUUAUUCUUUAGUGGCUUUCCAAAGAAUGCAAGCUGGAGAAGAAGUGUUUUAUCAGUCAAAUGCACCAAUUUUAACAAGCAUUAACAGGAAAAAAGGCACUGAUGCUUCAAAUAAAAAUGAUGAAGAAACUUCAGAGGAGAGCUCAGAAGAAGAGGUGAUACCAGAGAUUCCACACAAAAAAAUGUUUUCGAUAUUAUCAAAACCCCCAUCUUUGCCGUAA